GCUGUAAGUUGCCCUAUAAAAGGCCUGAGCUACCAGCGAGUAAGCAAGAAGAGGAGUACGGUGAGAGGUACGGAGUGAGCAUCGUGAAAGGCAGGGCUUUAAACGACCCGGCUCUCUCCGCCUUAUCUCUCCCCGACAAAGCAGGAAAUCACGUUUUGCUCUGCAUUUUUAGAGCAUUUCCUGUUGUGAUUACACCAGCGUAGAAGCCGUCGAGAAGAAGAGGUGACUUCGAAAUCAAUAGCUGAGGCUAUCAUGAAACAAAACCUAGUCAGAUCUCCGCUUCCAAAAAGGAAAAUUAGAGUCUGUUUCAGCGACUGUUUUAGUGUAGCUUUGCACUUCCCAGCAGCUUUCCAAGCCUCCUUUCUACCCAAGGAACGGUUCCAGGGAAUAUUCGGAGAGUGCAGAGGGAAGGGUUCGUCUGGCUGGAAUUCGCCCAUUUUGGAGCAUGGUGAAAGAAAGCCAUGCACGACCAUUCGUUCCCUGGAAGAGAACAAGGUCCAGCCUCCCAAGACCUUUGGAAAACCAAGCAGGGACUGGAAAUGAAACGUGGGGCUGGGAGUGUUAUUUGCAUACCCGAGUUUUGUUUGCCAACUCUCCUGGUUCCCGGAGAUGGGAUCUGGCCUCAGUGACACACGUGCUAGUUACAUCACAUCCAGAUGACUGCAACACCAGGAAAUUUAGACUCAAUUUAGAAAUACAGAAGGUGGUUGAAGGAUGGACCAGUUCCACCUCAGCAACGAAUGCUCCCUCCAUUCCGAAAUGCCGCUUCAUGAGUUUUCAGGGAACCAGGCGAUAGACUGUAGUGAUGCCUUCAGCCACGAUUUGUGUCCCACGACGAGAGAGGUGAUUUAUUCCGGGUUGAGCAACGUGGAUGUGGACCCUAGCCUUUCCACCACAAAUAUGAAUAAUGACUCUUUGGAGGACAACCUGGACAACUUGUCUCUGUAUUCUGUGAAGGACUGCGAUUCUGCUAAACUCCUGGAGGACUGUGAAGCAGCCUCGCAACCUCUCUUACCUGAAUUGGGGCUUCCUGCCCCUCCAGCGCCCAAAGGAUCGGAGCAAGGAGGCCGAUCCAACUCUGGCAGCGGAAAGAAAGGAAAGUCCCACCAGAGCUGCCCUCAAGCGCCUUUUCUCGAUUGUAGCCUCUGUGGGAAGGUUUUCAGCAGCACCAGCUCUCUCAGCAAACAUUAUGUGACUCACAGCCAGGAACGGAAACAUGUCUGCAAGAUCUGCAGCAAAGCCUUUAAGCGACAGGACCACUUGAGUGGCCACAUGCUAACCCAUCAAAAAACAAAGCCAUUCAUUUGUAUUGAACAAGGAUGCAGCAAGAGUUACUCGGACCAUCGGUCCCUGCGUCGGCAUUACGAAAUGCACCACGGAUUGAGAUCGGUAAAGGAGGACGAAGCUUGCGAAGGCUCCCCUUCUCAACAUGAACCGCGUGUCCAGAUGGGACCCGGUGGCAGAAGAACAACAACAGAGAGAUUGGCCGUUCACCCAGACCCUCUGGCCCCUAACAAUGCCCUCCCACCCAACAGAGACCUGCUGAGGUGCAUUGUGAGUACCUUACUUGGCCAGAAGCUUCCGUCUGCUGCUUCGUCCUCUGUGGGACAGAGCGAAACAGACUCCGGGGGAUCCUUGCAACCUUGCACCUCUGCCUGUGGCCAAGUUCCUUGUGUUCCCACCAGUACUGCUGCCCUUAUAGACGCCGAGGGCAGUAAAAAAGUGAAGGAGCUCUACCCUUGUCAAAAGCACCCAGGGUCUUCCAGCGUAUAUACCAUCAUCAAUCCUGGGAAGUUAGCUGUCCUCGGGCCAGCGGAAAAUGUGACCAGUUUGCCAGAGAGACAGACCCAUCCGCCACCUCAAUUCCCUUUAGAAAACCCAGCCUUGGAGUAUUGGCCGAACAGUGCCGUCCCUCACCUCCCUUUUUUUCAACCCCAGAAGCUUCCUGCCACCUCUCAGCAGUCCGACGGCAACUUCCCAUGGGUUAGAAAUGUGCCCCCAGCCUACACCCAAAGCACAGGGAGUGGAGUCUACGUUGCUAAGGUGUCACGGGCUUCACGUCAAGAUGUCUCCCAAGGGCUGGCGGGACCCUCCCCUGCUGCUUUUGACCCUUUGGCACAUAGCUUGGAGCGCUCAGAGGUUUUAUCGUUUGCUCCAGCGCUUGGGAAGACGCAAGGAGAAAUCUCAGGAGAGCCAAAAGUCAGUGGCCUGGCGACAAGGCUCCCAGAUGAUACAGAGCACGGAGUGUUGCAGAAGGGUGAGGCCGGACCACUUUUCCGGCAGCUCUUUACGAAACCCCAGGAAUCCUCUGUGAAUCAGGGGCAGGUGCAAGUCCAUAGCCACCUGUUCCAGAGAAUUACAAAAUCUCAGCACAUUGUGUCUCACGCCCAGCUGUUGGGUCCGUCUCAUCAGCUCGUAACGACGAAACCCCUUCAGGGCGCAUUUCCAGGACAGACGGAUUUGGUGCACCCCAGUCUGGAAUCUGCAGAAAGCGAAGGAUGCAUCAAGAAGCCCUCGACUCAAUUUCACCCCGAUGUCCCAUCUUGCAUCAAGCAGGAAGGGCCGCAGCUGGCGACUUCUCUGCAGCCCUUGCCAUCCUUUCCAUCUGUAAGCACUGACGGUGUUUCUCAUGCAAAGCCCACCAGGACCUUGAAAGCAGGUUGCCUGGGGUUCGAAGACUUCUCCAGUCCUAGCCAGUCUUCAGUAUAUGAAAAUGCCCCAGGAAACCACACUUAUGGGAAGCUGAAGCAGUCAGAGAGUGGCUGUCCCGAGUCGAGAAAGAAACAGAAAAAUAAGACAACUGCAAAAGAAUCGGGUGGCAAAGGUCAUUCUCGCAGCGGUAGACCCCGCCGGAAGGAGAAGCCCACGUUUGACGUCUCUUCUGUGGCUUCUCCCAGUCAAGUGGCCAUGGCAUCCUUUUCCUUGCCUCAUACCUCCUUUGAUAGUGAGGCCAGAAUGAAGCCAAAGCUGUCCAUUUUCAACCGAAUUCAGGGUGGAAAUAUCUACAGCUUCACUAGUUCAAUGAGGGAAGAAAAUUUUUCCUCUGUAUGUAGUAAGACUGGGGGAGGUCCUGAAGACAGAAAUGAGCAUGGAAGCAGCUUUAUAUGUGCGACCUGCAGUCAGCUUUUUUAUACGGAGAGGGGCCUAAGCAGCCAUAUGUGUUUCUGUAGUGAGCAGUGGCAGUCGGCGUCAGGGAAGGAAAAGCAGCAGGCAUGCGAGGAUGAGAAUUUACACCCUCAGAAACUGUCGCUCGAGCCCGCAGGGGAUGGAGAUAGUCCUGAAGCCAAAACGUUAUCAGAAGAUGUAGCCGUAGCACCUCUCGUGAUUCCUGUCUCCGUACCUGUAACGGCUACCGAGCAGCAGCAAGAUGGCAAAAUUGAUAAGAAAGCAAGCCAGGAUGAUCAAGAUCUCCAGGAAGGCAUGCCACCAAAGAAAAAGAGGAGACGUACUUGUCCAAAAUCGCUUUUCAUCCCGCCUCCAGCACCAGCUUGCAAUGAGAUACAACCCGGGACGGGAGGAUGUUUUCAAAGUAACCUGCGCUCUCCGGUCUUCCUCAUGGAUUACCUCCUCCAGGGCUUAGUUCAGUGUUCCUCUUACACACCUCCACCAAUGCUUAGCCCCAUUCGUGAGGGAUCAGGGCUGUAUUUCAACGCUCUCUGCUCUACAUCUACAAAGACUGCUUCUAGCAAGAUGUACACUUCUGUUUUAGGUGGAACGGAUGGGGCCCUUUUGUUCUCUCUCGUGAAAGACACCACCAAAUUCAGCGUGAAACCGCAUAUUAACAUUGGAAGUCGUUUUCAGGCAGAUAUACCGGAUCUCCAGGAUAGGUCAUCCUUGGAGAAUUAUGAACACCCUGCCUCCCUAAUGUGGAAACCAUGGGGAGAUAUUGCAACCAACAAGGAAACACAAAAAAAAGUAACAGACUUGUUAAAAUUGGCCUGCUCCAGUGCGAUGCCAGGAGGAGGGACCAACCUAGAACUCGCCCUGCAUUGUCUGCACGAAGCCAAAGGAAACGUUUUGGAAGCACUGCAGAUGCUGCUUCUCCAAGGACCAGAGAAGCCUCCUGGUCAUCCUCUGGCAAACUACCAUUACUCAGGUUCACAUCUGUGGACUGAUGCUGAGAAGCAGCUAUUUAAGAAGGCCUUUGGCUUACACAAAAAGGACUUUUACCUCCUACAGAAAAAGAUACAAACUAAAACUGUUUCCCAGUGCAUUGAAUAUUACUAUAGCUGGAAAAAAAUAUUAAAAUUUGACGGCAGCCGAGGGCGCUUUGUCGGAAAGAGGUCCAGGAGAGAAUGUGAUGAGAUAGAAAUGGAUGACGAAAAGAUUGCGUGCAGCCCAAAGAAAAGGCACUGCCCCCCGCCUAAACAGGAGAACAAUGUAAAGCCCAGGAAUUACAAAAAAACAGCACAGAGCACCUUCAAUCCAGCCAGCAGCCAGAAGGAUACGGUAGAUAGGCCCCGAAGCACAGGCAGUCAGGGUGUCUUCCCAUGUAAAGAAUGUACAAGAGUGUUUGACAAGAUAAAAAGCCGGAAUGCUCACAUGAAACGCCAUCGCCUGCAGGAGCAGAUGGAGCCGGCGAUCAAGAUUAAGUGGCCCACGAAGCACUUGAAAAACGAAGCGAAAAAGGAAGAAAGAAACUCAGAUGUUUUCCUUCAGUGGUAACUGGAAAGCACCAAUCCAGGGGUUCUGUAAUUUUUUGGGGGGGAGAGAGAGAAGAGAUGACGGAAUAGGCCAAUCACUGAGAAAUUGCCAUUGCAGUUAGGAUCUUUUUUGUGAUUGACGUUUGUGCAGCUGCUUUUUGAUUCACACUCUGGUACUACUGAAGUGAUCUGCUUUAUUGUGAUUUUGUAUGCUCUCGCUGUGUUCCUUAUUAAAUUUUUAGUUCCACAUCUGAUGAAGUCCCUUCUUGCCUGAGUUUCUUAUGCCAUGGGAUAAAGAUAAAACGAACAAGGUCAGACAGUCAGUGUUCCAUUUUUCCUAAUGCAGAGGAUAGGGAACGACGGUAGAUGGACGGGUCUCAGACCACGGGCUGUCCGGGCGUUCAUCUUCCUGAGCCACUGCAGCCCUUUGGAUAACUGGGCCUUUUGGGGCCAAAGCACAUGAACUGCCACCUUUCCUAAUCUGGAACCCUCCGGAUGUGUUGCGCUAGAACCCCCUCACAAACCGAUCAGUGUGUAUAUUCUAGAAAAGAAAAGAAACUUCUAGAGGAGUUCACAUCAGAGCCGAUGUAUAAGAACCAAAACAAACAAACCUUAACUAAACUGUUUAUUUCAUCCACUGAAUAUGCUCUUCUCUCCAAGGUGCCCAGGUUUACCCUUUUUUUAAAAGUACCAUGCCUUGAUGCGGUUUAUUGCACCGUUGUGGCAUUUAAAAGUUCCGACACAAAACAAGUUUGCCAUCCUCUCUGUUUCUGAAGACUAUUAAUGCAGAUCAGUCACAUCCCUAGGCUGCCGUCUCCCCACCUGACGUUGACUGGGUUCAGGCAGAGCGUGUUGUCACUGCUGAUCUAGCUUCCUUGCGAUCUCUUGCCCAGCCUGAGUCCAGUACCACAUGGUUCUCAUGAUGGAGGCAGCACCGUUAGGGGAGGUUUCUUAGGAGUGAGCCAAAAAUCAGAUCAGCUCCAUAGCUAAAGUGAAGCAGGCCACGCCAUGACUCAUGAGAAUAGGCCAGCAUUCAUCCAUCCAAGAGGAACUUUAUUGCUUAUAACCACGUGAUGCUGAAAUUUGCCUUUUAUCUACUUGGCUCAAUGCAUAGAUCACAAAUACCUAGUACUGAGCAGGAUCUUCUUCAUAUACCAUACAUUGCCACAAUCUCUUUGGCCUCACUCCCUCAUUGCCACAGUUCUGUCCAAGCAUUUAUGCAUUUUACUUGCAUGUUUCAUUGCACUUUCUUCCAGAAAGUUGUGACGUAAACUUACAGAUCCACCUGGUUUUCUGUGGCAAGCAAACAUCUUUGCCAGGAAACCAGGCAGGCAAUCUUUACAAAAAUGAGGUUUGCCAAUUACUUUCAAGGUGUAGUGUGGACAGCUAAGCUAACAACCCUUUGUUGGAUGUGACUACUUCUGAAUGUUUGUGAAUAGUUACAGCUCAAACAGAAAUGGCUAUGCUUUCCUUCAUCUCCGUUUAAUUGGCUAUUUGGCCACUUAGUUUAAUCUUAAGAAGCAUCAUACAGAAAACCCCUUAUGAUAGCACCUUUUUGAAGAACCUGAAGGUAGUUAUAAGUGAGAAGAUUCAAAAGCCAGCUGUUUAAAAAGUAGUUUUCAUCACAGCUGAGAAUACAGAUUAUAGCGUGUUGUUAUCUAUUGUAGUCACACAUUUAGCUCCAAAAUAGCUUUCAAAUGGAAGCAAACACAGCAUUUUUACUACAGUGGAAGUCCUAUAUUUAAAAAAUAAAUACAUUUGCUGCCUAUUAAUUUACAGUAAUCUCUCCCUAAGUAACAGACUGGGAUUAUACAGUAGUAAAACACAUUAUUAACCCUACAUUUCUCCGUAGUGGAACAGUUAUUUGAUACUGAACCAAGCAAGUAGGAAGUAAACCCAAUGGCCUGGAAGUUGAGCCAUGGCAACUAGACUUCUUUCACUGCUCAUCCAAGUAGCUUCUUCAGUCUGAGGAGAGUUGGUAGGAGACCCCUUGGUUGGUUUC